GAGCACAAACACCACCGUGCUGGUUCUCGGUGGAAGCGGUGGCACUGGCCAUUUGGGCAUUCAGCUAGCAAAGGCCAUGGGAGCUGCCUGGGUCAUCACCACCUGCUCGGACACGCACGCAAGCUUCGUCCGACAGCUGGGCGCGGAUCAGGUCAUCGAUUACCACAAGCAGAACUACUAUGAUGUCCUCUUGCCGAAGUCCGUUGAUGUGGUCUACGAUUGUGUUGGCAUGGAUGGUACGGGAGACCAUGCAUAUGGCAUCAUAAAGGAGCACGGCAGUUUCGUGAC